GGCGCAGAUUGCCUCGCGGGACAACGGUCGGCGACGCAGGUUGUGGUGGAGGUGGACGAGCUCUCCCGGCGGGUCUCUGUGCUGUCGGCGAGGCACAGGGCCGCCGCAGCACCAUGGCGACCACCGUCAGCACGCAGCGCGGGCCGGUGUACAUUGGUGAGCUCCCUCAGGACUUCCUCCGCAUAACGCCCACACAGCAGCAGCAGCAGAUCCAGCUGGAUGCCCAGGCAGCCCAGCAGCUGCAGUAUGGAGGAGCAGUUGGCACUGUGGGUCGCCUCAGCAUCACUGUUGUACAGGCAAAAUUGGCAAAGAAUUAUGGCAUGACUCGUAUGGACCCUUAUUGCCGCCUGCGUCUGGGCUAUGCUGUUUAUGAAACUCCCACAGCACACAAUGGCGCCAAGAACCCUCGCUGGAACAAGGUCAUCCAGUGCACAGUACCCCCAGGUGUGGACUCGUUCUACCUUGAGAUCUUCGAUGAGCGAGCCUUCUCCAUGGACGACCGCAUAGCUUGGACCCACAUCACCAUCCCUGAGUCUCUGAAGCAAGGCCAAGUGGAGGAUGAGUGGUAUAGUCUGAGUGGAAGGCAGGGCGACGACAAGGAGGGCAUGAUUAACCUGGUCAUGUCCUACACGUCCCUUCCAGCUGCCAUGAUGAUGCCACCUCAGCCUGUGGUCCUGAUGCCAACUGUGUACCAGCAGGGUGUCGGCUAUGUGCCCAUUGCAGGGAUGCCUGCUGUCUGCAGCCCUGGUAUGGUGCCUGUGGCCAUGCCCCCACCAGCUGUGGCUCCUCAGCCCCGCUGUAAUGAGGAGGACCUCAAGGCUAUCCAGGACAUGUUUCCCAACAUGGACAGGGAAGUAAUCCGCUCUGUGCUCGAAGCCCAGAGAGGGAACAAGGAUGCUGCCAUCAAUUCCUUGCUACAGAUGGGUGAAGAAUCCUAGAUCCACCUGUGGCCCUUGGCUUCACACCACUGACCCUUGGAAUUGCCCACCCAGGGUUACCAUCCCCACAAGAUUCCAAUGAAAGACCAUCCACGUACCCCUUCCUUGGACAUUAGUACCACCCCUUCCCACAUAUUUCGGGGAUGCAUGUGGAUUUUUGGUUCUGGCAGGCAGUCUUCUUCAUUGUUGGUGAGGGACAAGGUGGGGAGACAUCUCUCUCCUUGUCUCUAGCUGGGUGAUGAUGGCAUGGCCCUAUUACUGGACAGACUAGUGGUCCUAUUGUUUGAGGACCUGCAUCUCCAUUCCUUACCCUGUUCUGGAAAGCAUUCUAACAGAAAGCAGCAGCAUCUGUCAGGAUAUUAGAAUUUGUACAGCAUCCUUCUGAGUCAAUGGAUGGCAUGAAGUUACUCAGCCUAACUGGGAUGGUUGUUGAAGGUGCACUGAGUUCAUGUGCACCUACUUGCAGGUUAUUUUUGGAACUUUUAAGCUAAAAGCUCCUUCCUUCCUCUGAUGUUGUGUGUGAACCUGGGCCCCUCACUUAGUCCUGGGCCAGUGAGAUAUACUUUCCAGCCAUAUCCAGCAGGUCCGACCUCUUUGUCUAGCUCACCUGCCACUGUCUGGCUAGGCUUCAGCUACAGAAAUCCAACUUGAAUACUGAAGGUGUCCAGAUCUGGUGCUUGGCUGGCCAGGCCCCUCCUUGGCCCUCAAAGCUGGAGGUUCCUUUCCACCUCCUCUUGUUUAGUACCAGCACUGUGGGACUUGCUCCCAGGGCUGUUCUUGCUAAUAGGUCUUCAUCACAGAGCCCAGUCAAGUGAAGGAGAUGGGCUGGUAUGGCACUGUGUGUUUACUAUUAAAAGGCAUUCAGCCGUCGUGACACUACUGACCUGCAGCAGACUGUGUGGACCCAUACUGUAGCUUGGCUUGAGUGAUUAAAAAUCCCAUGCUUAAAUUAAAACUCCAUUGAGUUAGAUGUGCCUAGUGGAUAUUGUGUGUUGUAUUUGGGGUUGCAAACCUUUGGGCUGAGGUGGCUGUACAUAUGUUAAGAGAGAGAAUGGCUGACACCUUAUCCUAAGAUCCAGAACCUUGAAAGCUUUCUCAGAAUCGAUACACUGAACAGGUUCCAUUAAGAAGCUAUCAAGCAUUGUCACACAUUUGUGGUGUUACAGUUUUGCCUUACAUUGCAGUUGCUUUUUGUUUUUCCGAGAGUUUGCACCCAGCCUUUGAAUAUGUGACCCACAAAUAUGGCAUGUAGGUAGCUCCUAGCAGUUUGGAUUUUUGUGAAGGACCUAAAAUAUGAAAGUUAAUGAUUCGGUUUUGACCUUUCCCCUCUCAAAAUGCAGGUUAAGUUUUAAUGUCAGCUAAAAUAUACUACUUUCUGUCAUUCAUGGGGGGUGCUUUUUGUCAAAUGUAUUGUCCAUAAGUGUUUAUUUUUGUAAGCCUAAAGGCAGUAUGUGCUGAUGGCGAGCACGGGAUGUGGUAACAAGCACUUUUCUUUAGUUGUAGGUCUUUAAACCUUUUAACUGCAAAAUGGAGAAGAAAGACCAAUGUUUGUUAAACAGAUUCAACCACUCACUUUAACGCAGCAGACACUGGAGUCUCCAUUCUAGACUGUUGUGUGGUCUUGUGCUUGGUAAGCAGAGGCCCUCUUCCAGGGUGGAUGAGCCAAGCAGAACAGGACCUCCAUAAGGGGGCCACUUAGUGUUACCAGCACACUAAAGACUGGAGCCCCUGUCUCUAGGUCUCAGGUAUGGCUGUGCAUCAGCUUCUGCCUUCAAGAGGUAUGGGCUGAGCACAGCACUUUGUUCGGAUGAGGUUCUGGAGGGAGCAUCAACAUUUGCUGGCAGCCCCUGAGCAUCUUCCAUAGCACUCAGAGGCAGCGUUCUCAAACUUGCGCUUGUUUAGAUGUGGAAGAGUGAUGAUUUCAAGACAGAUUUAAGGUUUGAACAGAGACUCUUCCCUUUACCAUGAGCAUUUUAUUUUUUUAGAUUGAAGAAAGAUCACACUUUAUAAGGCCUGAGUGACACCUCACUCUCCUAAGUUUUGUGCUGUUUUGUCUUGGAAUUUCAUGUCAGAGUCCAUCUAGUGCAAGGAAAGAGACAGUGCUUGUCAUGCUCGUCUAGGUGCCUAGGCAUCAAGAGCAUGGCUUGCUUGGCCUUCCAUCCCAUCCUGGGUCUUCUUGAGAUGAGAAGUUGGCACACCUGGAAGGAGUAGCUCAAAGGCUGAGGCCACAGCAGAUGUAAUAGGCUUCCGGGUGAAGGCCAGGCUCUCACUGGGUGUCACUGCUGCUCUUGCCAAAUUUGAAGAUUCAGUUGGUAGCAACGUUUCAUGAGGUGGCCACUCAGAGCGCCUGCUCUCAAGCCAGCUCUAGUGGCCAUGGGUCUGGGGAUGGCCUGGGCUAUUUUCUUCUCUGGACAUUGUGGUUGGCUGAAGUUGUAACGCACUGCACGCCUGUGGUGUGACAUGGCCUGUGGCUUUCAUCUCACUAUGUGAGUGAUGCCUACCUGACUGAGAGACAUGUUUGUGACUGGGUUCUGCCCUCUCCCUCCCAGGCCACUCUUUACAGACACUGGUGUCAUCUGAGCACUGUCUGGAGGUUGAUGGGAUUGGUUCUCAGAACUCUGUGUCUAUGGUUAUCUUGGAGAUGAGAUCCAUGUCCAGAAUUUUCUUUGAUUAUAUGAUAUAUUUUUACUUUUCAGCCUUCUAAUUUAAUAAGUGGUCUAUAUAAAAUAGAAAAAUAAAGUCCUCUAAGGAAAUGUUUA